UUGAGAGACCGGUUGUAACUUCCCUUGCAUCAGAUAUCUGAGAACAGCAGAUCAUAGCCUUUGUGGAUCCGUUUGAUCCCUAUGGGAAGAGAGACGGAAAUUCAGUCCGUAUCUAGAAUUUGGUAAAUUCAGGCCGAAUUCCAGCCGUAAAACUGUCCCGGUCGUCUUUGACAUUUCCUGGCAACAGUUCGCCUCCCCAAGAAAGCUGCACAGCAAAUUACCCUGGAUCGGUCCCCGGUCCACAUCGCUGCCGAGAAUGGCCACACCUCUAUCGUGGAGUUACUCGUCGACAAGUUCAAGGCUAACGUAUCAGCGAGAACCAAGGACGGAAGUACGCUGAUGCACGUCGCCUCCCAAUGCGGCCACCCUGAGACUGCGCUGAUGUUCCUCAAAAAGGGAGUGCCUCUACACAUGCCAAAUAAGGCUGGUGCUGUGUGUCUCCAUGCAGCAGCGAAGCGUGGUCACGUGGCUGUAGUCAAGUCAUUACUGCAGAAGGGAGCACUGGUCGACACCAAGACAAAGGAUAACUACACAGCGUUACACAUAGCAGUACAGCAUUGCAAACCUCUGGUUGUACAGACAUUACUGGGUCAUGGGGCCCAGGUCCAACUCAAAGGAGGCAAGCGCAGUGAGAUUGUUCGCGUGGCGCCCACCGGGCCUGUACGCCCAGUGCCCGGUCAACGUGACUGUUCGUCCACGGUGACAUCGACAUCGUUUGUGCCGGCGCAGCCCGUGAUUCAGCCGGCCGUUCAGCCCGGCGCGAUUUAG